CGUUUCUACAUCAUUGAAAAGUACGAGACUUCCGCCGUCGCGUCCGGUCUCUAUUAAUCUUUCUUCUACAAACAUCCGCUUUUUGACAGAGCUCAAUACUGGUCAGCUGUUCAUCGCCGCUUGAUCUCAGACUACUAUAUACCCCAUUGGACAUCAUCAUCAAUCGCAAUCAUGUCUGGAGCUGUCGCUGAUCUGGGCCUCAUCGGUCUGGCCGUCAUGGGCCAGAACCUGAUUCUGAACAUGGCCGACCACGGCUUCACCGUCUGCGCCUACAACCGAACAGUCUCCAAGGUCGACCGAUUCUUGGAAAACGAGGCCAAGGGCAAGUCCAUUGUCGGUGCUCACUCAAACGAGGAGUUCGUCUCCAAGCUCAAGAAGCCUCGCCGAGUCAUGCUCCUCGUCCAGGCCGGUAAGGCUGUCGACGACUGGAUCGAGACCCUCCUUCCCCUGUUGGAGAAGGGUGAUAUCAUCAUCGAUGGUGGUAACUCUCACUUCCCCGACUCCAACCGCCGAACAAAGUACCUGGCUGAGAAGGGUCUGGAAUUCGUCGGUUCCGGUGUUUCCGGUGGUGAGGAGGGUGCCCGCUACGGCCCUUCCAUCAUGCCCGGUGGUAGCGAGGCUGCAUGGCCCCACAUUAAGGACAUCUUCCAGAGCAUCUCUGCCAAGAGCGACGGCGAGGCCUGCUGUGAGUGGGUUGGUGACGAGGGUGCCGGUCACUACGUCAAGAUGGUCCACAACGGUAUCGAGUACGGUGACAUGCAGCUCAUUUGCGAGGCCUACGACAUCCUGAAGCGUGGUCUCGGCCUCAAGAACAAGGAAAUUGGUGACAUCUUCUCCAAGUGGAACACGGGUGUCUUGGACUCCUUCCUGAUCGAGAUUACCCGCGACAUCAUGUACUUCAAUGACGAUGAUGGCACUCCUUUGGUCGAGAAGAUUCUCGACCAGGCUGGUCAGAAGGGCACCGGCAAGUGGACUGCCGUUAACGCUUUGGACCUCGGCAUGCCCGUCACACUCAUUGCUGAGUCUGUCUUGGCCCGUUGCUUGUCUGCCCUCAAGCAGGAGCGAACCAAGGCCUCUACCAUCCUUCAAUAUGUCGGUCGUACUACCAAGUUCGAGGGUGACAAGCAGGAGUUCCUCGAUGACCUUGAGCAGGCUCUGUACGCCUCCAAGAUCAUCUCGUACGCCCAAGGUUUCAUGCUGAUGCAGGAUGCUGCCAAGGAGUACGGCUGGAAGCUCAACAAGCCCUCCAUUGCUCUCAUGUGGAGAGGAGGUUGCAUUAUCCGAUCCGUCUUCUUGAAGGACAUCACUGCCGCCUACCGCAACAACCCCGAGCUCGAGAACCUGUUGUUCGAUGACUUCUUCAACAAGGCUAUCCACAAGGCCCAGCCCGGCUGGAGAAACGUUAUUUCCAAGACCGCCCUUCUCGGAAUACCCACCCCUUGCUUCUCCACUGCCCUGUCGUGGUUCGACGGUUACCGCACCAAGGACCUUCCCGCCAACCUUCUCCAGGCCCAGCGUGACUACUUCGGUGCCCACACCUUCCAGAUCAAGCCCGAGUUCGCCAGCGAGAAGUACCCCGAGGGCGCAUACACUCACGUCAACUGGACCGGCCGUGGCGGUAACGUCUCUGCCUCUACUUACCAGGCAUAAAUGUGUACGCCUUGAUGCGAACAUGAUUGGGAUAAUGACUUAGUAUAAAUUUAGGGAACCAAAUAUCUUGGUGGGAUAACCAUAAAGAGUUGGGAGGAGUUUCUACCCGCUUUUCACAUGUCACAUAGAUGGACAAAAUGCAGAUUGUUUUGAGAUGAAA